AUGUGGGCUCGGCCACCUCCACAGCCCCCAAGCCAGGCCAGCCAGUUGCGUUUGGAGGGGAAGGUCCUUGUAUUGUUGCGUGGACUGCCAGGCUCAGGAAAAUCAACUCUGGCAAGAGCUCUACUUGAGCAUAACCGCGGCGGAGUUAUUCUCAGCACUGAUGAUUACUUUAUAGUUAAUGGAGAAUAUAAAUUUGACCUAAGUGUGCUCGGAGAAGCUCACGAUUGGAAUCACGAUCGAGCCAGACUAGCGUUUGAAAAAGGAGCUAAUCCCAUCAUUAUCGAUAAUACCAACAUGUGUGGAUGGGAGAUGAGACCCUAUGUGGUUCAGGCCCUGAAGCACGAUUAUAAGGUUUAUUUUAGAGAGCCAGACACUUGGUGGAAAUACAAACCAAGAGAAUUGGAGAGGCGAACAAAACACGGUGUGCCAUUGGAAAGAAUCAAACAUAUGCUCUCUGGAUAUGAGCGUUUUGUAACAGUCAAGUCAAUAAUGGGUUCACAGAUGCCCGAGAGGAAACAAACGGUUGCAACUGGGGAACUGUUGAAGCCUGAGAUGGCCUCCCCGUCUUCUUCAAUUGAUCCAACCAAGCACAAAGAGGUUCCAUACUCUGUUGUCUAUGAGAAAAGUACCCAGGUGGAGGAGAAAGAGUUUGGGACAAGUGAAGACAUGACCGAAAACCUUCUUAUUUUGAGGCGCCAUUUUAAACAGAUUCAGGAGAGAGGUUCUUUAGGGCUGAUGAGAAAGAAGAGGAUGAUGGUUCUUGUGUAA